AUGGGCAAUACAAUUUCCGACUUGAUACCCACACCACUACCCGCAAACACGAUCGCAACAUCCUACAACCGUAAUGGAAACUAUGUCGUCCAAUCAACGCUCGGCAUCGGCAUAUACGGGAUUGUGUAUCGUGUCACUCAUUCACAAUCCAACAGACUCUUUGCGAUGAAAGUGCUUCAGACCUCGACAUCAGCUCAAUUACGGCGUUUCCGUGAAGAAGCAACACUUCUGACAACCUUGUCGCAUCCCAACAUCGCUCUUCUGGAAGAUAUAGGUGGUGUGCCUGACACGAUGACUGGAAUUUGGAACGCGUGUAUCUUGACCGAACUUGCAGACUAUAAUCUGCUGAACUUUUACUCUGCCUACUCUGCGCUGGGAAUAUCUCGAUUGGAUGAAGCGCUUGCACAGACAAUCGCUCAUCAACUCCUCUUUGCAUUGACGUAUAUCCACGACCAGGGCUUUGUCCACAGAGAUUUAAAACCAGCCAACAUUCUCGUCUUUUGGACUUCGAAAUCUUCUUUUCUGUUCAAACUGGCUGACUUUGGUCUUGCUACUCAUUUUCUGGAGGACGAAUGUGUCCCUGCUCCGGUAGCACGUUACACAGCUCCCGAGCUUCUUCUUCAAGGACACGACCCACAGCAACUAUCAAAAGCAGAUGUCUGGGCUCUGGGCAUGGUGUGCAGGGACUUGUGUACGCAAGCUCUUCUUCAUCCACAUACAGAGACCAAGGCUUUGGGUUUGUGGGCAACAGAGACCAUCAAUUGGAUGUUGAGAGAGGACGUCACAAGUAGACCCACGGCAAGAGAGUGUAGGGAGGCUGUAUGGGUGAGACAGGGAGACAGGAUGCCCAGUAGUCUUUUGAACGCAUUGAGGCAAGACUUGGGGUUGCAGUCGAGCAGGAUCAGCGAUGAGAUGGAGAUGUGA